CAAAUCUACAUUUUUAAAUGCACGUGAAACACAGACCCGUUUAUAUCCCGUGUACCAAUCUCUAUACACCAACAUUUACACACACAACAUACAACACAUAACACACACAUGCACACAGGGGCGGGGCACAUUGCCACAAUCGCCCAAAGAACAUCAUCCCUACUGUGAAGCAUGGUGGUGGCAGCAUCAUGUUAUGGGGAUGUUUCUCUUUGGCAGGGACUGGGGCACUAUAGAAGGGAAAAUGAAUGGAGCAAAGUACAGAGAAAUCCUUGAGGAAAACCUGCUACCCUCUGCAAGAAAAGCUGAAACUGGGUCGGAAGUUCACCUUUCAGCAUGACAACGACUAUAGCACACAGCCAAAGCUACACUGGAGUGGCUAAGGAACAAAAAGGGUAGACAAGACAGAGGCUGGCCCUUGUUUUUACAUGUGCAGAAGUUGAACUGCGUGAGGGGCCCACAUGAUCACCACAGCGAGGGUACCUGCUGAUAAAUCGGUCCAAAUAGCCUUUAGUCUCAAUGGUUCCACAGAGUUGAACGAACCUGACAACUCAUUUCCAUUGGCAUUUCCAGACCUUGACCAGCAAUUACAGCCAUUGCCUCCAUGUCAUGCUUCCAUGGAAUCUGUGCAAGUCUUCAAGGACCACUGCAAAAUGGCCAAAGAAUUCUGUGACGUUAAAAAAGAAAUGGCUUUACUGGAAGAACGAAAGAAAAAGCUGAUGGCUGAGCUGGAUGAUGAUGAAAAGGAGAACCUGGAUGCUGCUCGACUGGAAAGGGAGUUCAGGGAGCUGGCUGAAGAGAAUCAGACUCUUAUUUCGUGCCACAAUCACUACAGUGAACAGCUUGAGAUACUCCGAGUACAGAAUCAAAAACGACAGGGCUCAUCUUAACCUGCUGCUCCAUCAAUUUAAAUGUUAAUCUUCAGUCUUGAUCAGCCUGAACCAUGCAUGUCCUUAAAUGCUUUUACAAUUCAGCAUAUGAUGUGAAUGGUCUUUUCACUGCUUUUCCAGUUCCAUGACACUGCAGUGAACAUGGGAACGAGCUGGCAUGGUGCUUAAAAUAAGAGAUGUUUGAUAAAUGGGACUCUGUCCCACAUUCUUCUUAUCCAGCCUUUUUUUUGAAAACUACUGGCAAUAUUUUAAAAUACAGGAAACUAAUGUUUUAGCGUACGCAGUUGUCAGAUUGGGAUGAUGGUUUUUACUAGUUAAAGAGAACCAAUCAAGCAUAGUCUCAAACUUAACUAAAGCUAUCUGCUUGUUUCUAAUGGAGAGCUGGUUUAAAAAAGUAUGACAUGAAGUUAAUAAACACUGUUUCAGACAGCAAAGACAAUUACUGCAAUGAAUUUGUAGUACAAAUUCGCAUACUAAGGGGUUAUGUUAUCAAAUACAAGUUUCUUUACUUUUUAACUAAUUUUCUAUCAGGUCAAGGUUUCAAUACUGUAACCUACAGUACUAUAUUUGUAGUUUUAUUUAAUGGCUAGCAAGAAAAUGUUGUACAUGGGUCAGUAGAAUUUAGAUGCAUUGUGUUAGUUAUUUAGAUAUCCUUCUGAAAUCUCAGUGACCGCCUAAAUUACUUUUGGUCUACGUAGUGUGACAGUAAAAUCAAUUGCUGCAGUCAAAGAUGCAAAAUAAGUUUUUAAGUCUUGGCAUAUAUUUGUUAAAUAUAGUUUCAUAAUUCUUGCAACACUGCUGUUUUGAUUGUUUUCUAGUCUACUUAAGUGUUGAAGAACCCUGUGAUGGUCAAACGGUGUCUCUCAUGGACAUUUCUCCUUUGCAUAUCAUCCUCUGUGUACCCUCCAGUUUUCGUGAUUCUCUGACAAUGUUGUGUGAAUUAUGACUCACCCUGUAUACAAAUCCUAAAUGAUUAAUUGUUAUGCAUAUUAGCCAAAAUAGCAUUUAAUCAUUCUCAUGCGCAUUUCUCCAGUAUUAUGUAAACGUAUAUAUUUUUCAAAUGUCUAUUACCUUCGGUUAUAAUAAAUAAAAAAACAGUUUUGUUCA